AUCGUUAGCUUCUCCUGAUAAACUAAUUGUCUCACAUUGUCACUGCAAAUCGACACCUAUUAAUGGGUCUCACCUCCCAACUGCUUCCCCCUCUGUUCUUCCUGCUAGCAUGUGCCGGCAACUUUGUCCAUGGACACAAGUGCGAUAUCGCCUUACAAGAGAUCAUCAAAACUUUGAACAGCCUCACAGAGCAGAAGACUCUGUGCACCGAGUUGACCGUAACGGACAUCUUUGCUGCCUCCAAGAACACAACUGAGAAGGAAACCUUCUGCAGGGCUGCGACUGUGCUCCGGCAGUUCUACAGCCACCAUGAGAAGGACACUCGCUGUCUGGGUGCGACUGCACAGCAGUUCCACAGACACAAGCAGCUCAUCCGAUUCCUGAAACGGCUCGACAGGAACCUCUGGGGCCUGGCGGGUUUGAAUUCCUGUCCUGUGAAGGAAGCCAACCAGAGUACGUUGGAAGACUUCUUGGAAAGGCUAAAGACGAUCAUGAGAGAAAAAUAUUCAAAGUGUUCGAGCUGAAUAUUUUAAUUUAUGAGUUUUUAAUAGCUUUAUUUUUUAAAUAUUUAUAUAUUUAUAACUCAUCAUAAAAUAAAGUAUAUAUAGAAUCUAA